AUGUCGACAAAUCCUGAUGUUGAAAAUGGAAAAAUGGGAAAAAAGUAUCCUUUUGAGGAAAAGAAUAAAUGGAAUAGAAGAAAGGCCAUCGCAAUGACUCUAUGUCAAUUUGUUGCACUCAUAUCCACCAUCAUAACGUUUCGUUACUAUUAUCUCUACUAUACCAAGAAAGGUUUUUUGACCAUCGGGUUCACUAUUUUUAUGAUCUUAUGUGCAUGUGAAAUUAUACCUCGCUUGAUAGAAAUCUGUGUUGUUUACGAGUACACAAAAAAACUGACCGGUUAUCGAAGUUUUGGUUUCAUAAACAUUAUUGGCAUUUUUGUUGGCGGUUCUGAUUUUUACUAUUGGUUAGGCAAACAUCGAGAGACACUAGAAAAAAAACAAGUUGACCGGAUUGGAUACUUUGUUGAUGCUUUACAAUUAAUAAAACUCAUCUUACUUGUUCCGAUAUUUAACUUGGAGCUUUUUGAAUAUAGAAAAAGUAAUGAAGAUAUUGUUUUUAAUUUGUUGUUAAGUGUCUUAGCUCAAGCAAUUCUUGUGGUUAUUUCUUUAUUUUCACUUAUCACUAGAAAAAAUGUGUGGGGAUGUUGA